CCACAAAGAAAUAGGAUGGACACUAUUUCCCCCACUGCGUUAUAUUACACCCAAUAUUUGACCUCUUAUGUAAGACGUGUUAAUAUAAGCACGCUCAAAAAUUUAGUGACACAGUCGCUAACCGGUCGAACCUCCAGUGACCAUGAAGAUUCUUCUCGUGACCAUCGUAUUGUUUACCAUCACCUAUGGAACUCCAGUCCAGGACUUCGCCAAGGAAACCGCCUCUUCACUGCAGACAUCUACAAGGAGUACAAGAAACAAGAAAAAAGCAACUUCUUGAUAAGUCCCUUUUCCGCUGAAGUAGUCCUGGGUUUAACCCACUCAGGAGCUAAGGAUGCAACGGCCCAAGAACUCCGCACAAGCUUGCACUUCCCCAACAACGACCAAGCCAUCAGAUCAGGAAUUCGUUCGUACUUCGAGUCCUUAGAACCGCGCGAUUCAAACGAGUACCAGUUCCACUCCGCCAAUAAAAUCUACGUGAAAGAAAAUCUACCCAUCAAAGCCGAAUUCAAGCAGAUUGCGACUACCGAUUAUCAAGCGGAGGUCGAAAAUAUCGAUUUUUCGCAAAAAACAGAGGCUGCUAAUACCAUAAACCAGUGGGUGGAGAAACAAACCAAAAAUAAAAUUCGCAACUUGAUGGAUGAAAAGAGUCUCGGAGACGACGUAGCGGCGGUACUUAUUAACACUUUGUACUUCCAAGGACGUUGGUUGUUCGAUUUUUCUAAAGAAGAUACGAAAAAAGCUGACUUCUUUAAAAGUGGUACCGACGCAGUUAAAGUUGACACGAUGUUCAAAAACCACAAAUUUUACAGUUACUUUGAAAGUGCUGAAUUAAAUGCUAAAUUUUUGGAACUGCCGUUCCAAGGUCGUGACGCUUCUUUUGUAGUGGUACUACCGAACGAAAAAGAUGGUUUAGCUGCUCUGGAAGAAAAAUCAGAGAAAGUUUUUGCAAGUCACGAUUUUAAACACGAACUGGUGAAUCUGGCGUUACCGAAAUUCAAAAUUGAGAGUAAAGCUGACUUCAAGAAGAUUUUGCUAGAGCUCGGGGUGUCUAAAAUGUUCACGAAUGAGGCUGAUCUAAGCGGAAUUGCUGCUAACAAAGGUGACUUAACUGUUGGCGAGGUGGUGCAAAAGACUUUCAUUGAUGUUAAUGAAGAGGGAGUAGAAGCUGCAGCUGCUACGGAAGUUUUACCAGUUCUUGGUUCUGGCUUCACUCCUGACCCUCCAAAGGACUUCAUCGUGGAUCAUCCAUUUAUCUUCUAUAUUAAAGUUCAUGAUGUCGUACUUUUCGCUGGAAGAGUUGUAGAACCCAAACAAUAAACCUGAUGGAAUAUUAACAUAUCGACAAAGCACUCUGUACCCACAAAAUAAAGGAAUAAGCAAAC